ACAUCUUCUAACAGUCUCUCACUUUCUCUCUUCUCUCUCUCUUUCCUUUUCUCUUGAGUCCGUGAAGGCUAAGUCUGAAAGAAUGACGAAGGAUGAGUUAACGGAGGAAGAGUCGCUCUCCGGGAAGGACUACUUAGACCCACCGCCUGUGAAGAUGUUCGAGGUGAGAGAGCUCAAGAAGUGGUCCUUCUACAGAGCAGUCAUCGCUGAGUUCAUAGCUACUUUCCUCUUUCUAUACGUCACCGUUUUGACAGUCAUCGGCUUUAAGAGCCAGACGGAUAUCAACGCUGGUGGUGGAGCUUGUGCCAGUGUCGGCCUCCUAGGCAUCUCUUGGGCCUUCGGUGGCAUGAUCUUCAUCCUCGUAUAUUGCACUGCCGGCAUCUCUGGUGGACACAUCAAUCCCGCGGUGACGUUUGGGCUAUUCCUAGCUAGCAAGGUAUCAUUGGUGAGAGCUGUGUCGUACAUGGUGGCUCAGUGUCUCGGAGCCACUUGCGGAGUUGGUUUGGUGAAAGUCUUCCAGUCGACUUAUUACAACCGCUACGGUGGUGGAGCCAACAUGCUCUCCGAAGGAUACAAUGUUGGUGUAGGUGUUGGUGCGGAGAUUAUCGGCACUUUUGUCCUCGUCUACACCGUCUUCUCCGCUACCGACCCUAAGCGAAAUGCCCGUGACUCUCACAUUCCUGUAUUAGCACCAUUGCCAAUUGGAUUUUCCGUGUUCAUGGUUCAUUUAGCCACAAUUCCAAUUACUGGCACCGGAAUUAACCCUGCUAGGAGUUUUGGAGCUGCCGUCAUCUACAACAAUCAAAAGGCUUGGGAUGAUCAGUGGAUCUUCUGGGUCGGUCCAUUUGUGGGUGCAGCCAUUGCAGCAUUUUACCAUCAGUUUGUGUUGAGAGCUGGUGCUAUGAAGGCCUAUGGGUCAGUUAGGAGCCAGCUUCAUGAGCUUCAUGCUUAAAUUUGAUUUUUCGAACUAUCGAAGAGGUGAAGAAUUCUUUGGG